UUCCGGUUUGGACUACACCGCACAGCUGAUGAGGGAUACAACCGGUUACAUCUCGAACAUGACGACAGGUACAAUAGUAAAAUUUCGUACUGGCUCUGAUAUUCACGCUUGAGUGUCACCUGCAAUGAAGACUGACAAGGAGUGCGGCACUUCAUCUAUUAAUAAUUACCCGCAUUAAAACAAGUGCUUCCGAUUUCUAUUUACCUGUGCUUACACAUGAAGUGAAAAAUAUCAUCCAAAGUGGCCCAUUGAGAACAACAUGCCUCACGUCUGCCCUGAAACAUCGCUAGACCAAUCGAGACUUGAAGGGUCAUCUGCACUGCAAGGCGAUGCUAAUAGAAGCGCAUUCACGCCUUACAAGUCUUCCACAGUGUUAACAAAUCUGCAAAGAGGCAAUGUUCCAACUCAAACGCCAGCUGUUCCUCAAAGAAGGUGCAUUCAUCUGUUGUCAGCACAAGGGGAACUUUUACCUGAGCAACUUGGUGGCGACAGGAUUGAGCUGGCAGACGAAGCUGGUCUAACUCCACUUCUGUGGGCAAGUGCGCACGGGCAAAUGCUAGCUGUACGCUUGCUCCUUGGACGAGGUGCAGCUGUGCAUGCACAAGGCAAGCAUGGUGAGACUGCUCUGCUGCUGGCUGCAUCAAACGGACAUUCCCACGUCGUUCGUCAACUGUUGCAACAUGGGGCCAAUCCCGAUCAAGCGGAUCUGGACGGAAAUACUCCUCUCAUGUAUGCAGCUAUGGGAAAUCAUCUGACAUGUGCUCAAGAGUUACUCUCCUGUGGUGCCGAUAUCUCAGCGCAGAACAAUGUUUUCGACACUGCCUACGACCUUUCAGUGCUCAAUGGAGCAAAACAAGUACAACAAGCUAUUGACAGCCACAUUUUGAAGCUGCUACAGUAACGACAUCUGCUGAAAACGUUCAGAGACACUGUUCGACACGAUGGCCGUGAUAUUUAUCUGUGUUCCUUGUAAAUAUUGUGUUGUAUUCAUGUCUUGUACUGGGUGCUUGGGAAAGAAUGACCUGCUCAAAAACA